GUGCGAUGCUGGGAAAUGGAAGAUAUUUUUGCUGAUAUCCGGGUCUUGAAAAAAUACGUCCACAGUCGUUUGCCAGUCUACGAUCGUCGAAGAGCUGCCAUGUUUGAUGCACCUGUUCCCCGAAACGCCAGCAACGUCUUCGAAGAGACGACGUUUAGUGGAACUGUCGAAAUGACGAGAGUCAGUACGAGUCGUGACUUCGUUAGAUACGGAGCUGCCGUGUUUAAUGCACCUGUUCCCCAAAAUGCCAGCAACGUCUUCGAAGAGACGAUGUUCAGCGGGACUGUCAAAAUGACGAGAGUCGGUACGAGUCGUGACUUCGUUAGAUACGGGGAACGAAUUAUUCGGCCUGGUCGGCUUGAUCUCAAUGCUUCUCGGGUGGUUGGCCACAAAGGAGCUGUGUUGGACAUCAAAUGGAAUCCAUUUGAUGAGAAUGUCAUUGCAUCCGCAAGUGAGGAUUGCACAGUGAAAGUGUGGGAAAUUCCUGAGGAUGGAUUGACAGAAAACCUGACGAAGGAGGUUGUGAAUCUGGUUGGACACAAUCGACGAGUCGGUUUUCUCGAGUGGCAUCCAACUGCUGAGCAUGUAUUAGCAACUGCUGGAUAUGACUAUAUGAUUAUGAUAUGGGAUAUUAGCACAGGAGAGGAGUUAGUGUCAAUAGAUUCCCAUCCAGACAUGAUAUUUAGCAUGUCCUUUGAUCCACUGGGUAUUAGAAUGGUCACAACGUGCAAAGACAAGAAGAUUAGGGUUAUUGAUCCAAGGAUCUCAGAAGUUGUAGCUGUUGGAGAAGGGCAUGCAGGCACGAAAGCAUCUCAUGUUGUGUUUCUUGGAGAUUCAGGUCGGAUUUUUAGUACUGGAUUUUCACGGGGCAAUGAACGGCAAUAUGCUGUUUGGGAUGCGAAAGAUCUGUCCAAGCCAUUAAUGAUGGACAACAUUGACUCAUCAUCUGGUGUUCUCCAUCCUUACUACGAUGAUGACAGGAAAGUGGUGUAUGUUGCUGGAAAGGGAGACGGCAAUAUUCGUUAUUAUGAGGUUGUCAAAGAACGUCCAUACUGCUACUAUCUUGAGGUCUACAAAUCCUCAGACGCCCAACGGGGUUUGGGUAUUUUACCAAUGAGAGCACUUAAUACGAAGGAGUGUGAAGUGAUGAGGAUGUACAAGCUGCACUCAAAGAACCUAUGUGAAAUAGUCAGCUUCUACAUUCCAAGAAAGUCUGACUUGUUCCAAGACGAUCUCUAUCCUGAUACUUAUGCUGGAGAACCAACCAUCUCUGCUGAAGACUGGCUGGCUGGUACCAUGCCAACGUUGAAGAAAGUUUCUAUGAAACCAACAGGGUCUGGCCCAUCUACUCCACAGCGCCGCAGCACAGACAGGGACGUUGAGGAGAAGCCUGUAGAAAAAAGGGAACCCAAACGUGACACAAGGCAAGAGGAAAGGAAGGAAGCUAAGCCAAAACAUGAAGAAAGGAGGCACAAGCAAGAGGAAAAGCAUGAAGAGAGGCAUGAGGAACCUGCUGAGAAGCCGGUAAUAAGGACUGCUGAGAAGGCAGUAUCCAAGAAAGCAGAGAAGGAUUACAAAAAGCUCUACUACGAAGCUCGUGAAGAAAACUUGCGACUAAAGGAUGAGAUUGGUGAGAUUGACAGCUUGCGAAGAGAAAUUGAUGACCUCAAAGCUCAGAUCAAAAGCAAAGACAUCAAGAUUAGACAGCUUGUUAUGGAGGUUGAAGAUCUCAGCACGUAGAUUUAACUUUGCGAUGGAAAGUGGCCACAGAGUGAUUAGGACAUGUGAUUUGCUGUUUUGUGCUUCUUCAUAGACUUUGUCGGUUGCUAUUAUGUAUUUUAUGACAUCAAUGUAUGGCCGGUUUCUGCCUCAUGGACAUUAGUAGUGGCUUUUAUAGAAUGGUGUUUGUUGUGAAUGUGGCCUAAUUGAAUACGAAGUCGAACA